GUCUUGUUCUUUACCGAAGCCGAAACCGAUCGCCCGAGUCCCAUUCCCACCCCCACCCACUCCCUCCAAUACCGGCACCGGCCCUCCUCCUCCUCCUCCUCUCUGCGCGAUCCUAUUGAUCCUCCCCCGCGCCGCACGUACGUCUUCCGCGAGAGAGAGAGGCGAGUGGAGAAGGGAGUCGAGGAAGAGGACAUGGCGGCGGCGGUGAGGGUGGACAAGGCGACGAGCGACCUGCUGCUGGGCCCCGACUGGACCCUCAACAUCGACAUCUGCGACGCCGCCAACUCCGAUCACGGGCAAGCAAAAGAGGUGAUUAAAACUCUGAAGAAGCGUCUUCAACACAAGAAUUCAUCAGUUCAGUCUCUUGCAUUGACGCUGUUGGAGACUCUGGUGAAAAAUUGUGGGGAUCAUGUGCAUUUUCUGGUUGUAGAGCGCGGUAUAUUGCAAGAAAUGGUCAAACUUGCCAAGAAAAAGGCAAAUGUGCAAGUGAGGGACAAAAUUUUGACACUCCUGGAUUCCUGGCAAGAAGCAUUUGGUGGGCCUGGUGGGAAGCACCCUCAGUUCUACUGGGCAUAUUCUGAACUUAAGCAAUCUGGUUUAGAAUUUCCUAGGCGCUCACCUGAGGCAGCAACAAUAUUCGCCCCUCACCUUCAACCAGGGAUCGGGAGUCCAGUCAAUUCAUCCUUGAGAGCUGAUGGGAUGAUUUCAUCUAGUGGCUCUCCUCUGAGUUUGUCAGACCUGCAACGCAUUUUAAGUGCCGCGGAGCUACUAAGUGAGAUGCUGAGAGAAGUGGAUCCAAAUGAUCAUGAGGCUGUGAAUGAUGAAAUUAUCGCGGAACUUGUGAACCAAUGCCGAUCAUACCAGAAAAAGAUCAUGAGUUUGGUUAGUUCAGUGAGUGAUGAGGACCUCUUGAGCCAAAGUCUGGACUUGAACGACAGAUUGCAAAUUCUGCUUUCCAAACACGAUGCAAUUGCAUCAGGUUCCCCUCUACCGGGUGAAGAAACGGAUGUGUUGAGUGAAUUACCCAGAGGGACCACUACAACCCCUGCAGUAACAGUUGUUCCCGAAACUGCCAUUGUACCAGCUUUUGUCUUGGAUGAUGAAGAGGAAGAGGAGGAAGAUGAUGAGUUCUCUCAGUUAGCUCGCAGGAAUUCGAGAUUCAGGUCAGCAAAUGACAAGAGCGCCUCUUCAGGCGUAGGCGCAUCAUCGUCGUCCACGCAGGAUGGAACGGCAAGCUCAGCAGCUUCUGUGACCACUACAGCAUCACCAUCUACUUCAAGCAGUGCAUUAGCAUUGCCUGAUCAUCUAGCUCCUAUAAAGACUUCUCCAGAAGACAAGAUUAUGAGCGACCUUCUUGCGCUCACCAUAGUGUCAGGCCCAUCACCUGAACCUGCCUUGCAUCCUGGUGGUUCCCCAACCAGUUAUCAUCCACAGCCUCAUUAUGUAGGCCCAGAACACACAGCUGCAGCGCACAAUAGCUACGUCGCUCCUUGGGCUCAGCAUCAACCUCAAACUGCACCCAUCAAGCAGCAGCAGCAGGAGCAGGCACCACCACCUCAACCACAAUUUCCUUACAACCCAUCUCCUUACCCGCCGCCACCAUGGGCCCCUCAGGACAACACCGAGUCAAACCCUUUCGUGGCAUCUUCAUCGCAGCAACUUUCAACCUCCAGCUCGCCUCUUAAAGUACCGUUGAACAUGAGGCCUCUACAGCAAUCACAAUCUUUCGGCGUACCGCUUCGAAGUGCUGCGUCAGAUUCACCGACAAACAAGAGCCUGAAGCAACCCAUGUCUGCAGGGUCUCGCCGGCCAUCUUAUGUUCCUUCUAACAAGUUCUUUGAUGAUCUGCUCGAGAGAAAUGCGGAUGGCACUCUGAAAACGGGCAGCACGGUAAUUGGAGGCACGUCCAGUCCAUACAAACCGUAGCAAUGCCGGUGGAAUCAAUAUAUGAAAGAAUAUCUGUCUCUGGUUCAUACAAACCAAUAAUAAGCUGUAGUGAUGACAGAGGACUUAAAAUAUGAAAGACUUGCUUUGUUUGUCUUCAUAACUGCUACGAGUCCAUUUGAUCCGCAAACUUUGUUACCCAGAUUGAUUUGCUUGAUGCUUCUUCGGAACAUCUGAAUACGUCAUGCCUACGUGAAAGCAUAAA